CCUCGUUGCAUUGAUCGCCAUCUGGGCAUCUGAGGCUACCUCCUCUCUCCGGACACAACAUGGCUUCGUCCUGAGCGUGAGAGCGGAAGCAUCGGCGGCGACGGCGACAAGGUAUCUCCUAGGUCUCUCUAGAGCGAAACAAAACAUGGAAGACGAUUACUCAGUGCCACAUCUUCCUAUGGACAUCAUGUGCCAGAUCCCGCUGCUCAUCUCUGAUCCAGCCACCCUUGUGCGCCUCGCUUCGUCCUGCAAGUUUUUCCGCGAUCUCAUCAAGAAAUCGACCUUCCUUGAUCACCUUAGGAGGCGGCACCGUGACCAUGGUUUCACCCCAUCCCUCCUCCUUGGCUUCUUCUACCAGGACAACAAAAGGUCUCACUCGCACCUCUGGCAGCAUCACACUGACAAAAACCGCUGCUUGGCACCAAGCUUCGUGCGGACGUCUGAAUUGUCACAAUUUGUUGGUAGCAAAGCUGCUCGCAACGCCGUGAAGCCACUAUCUCUUGAGACCUUCAUUCCAGGUGUUGGUGCAAGCCUCAACUUCUAUAAGCCCAUUGCAUCUCAGACAGCUUCCUGGCUCUCCGCUGCCGCAUCAAUGGCGCCAAUGGUCAGGAGAUGGAUGUGUUAUGCGUUUGCAACCCUCUCACUGGAGAAACCUUCAAAUUUACCCCCUAACCAUUAUGCCUUGUUUGUCACCAACAAUGUUGACCUUUAUGGGCGCAGGUCCCAGUCAUUCUUCUUGAUUGCCAUUUGGAUAAAAAAUGCGAAAAUUUUCACCUCUCAGUGCUACAGCUCGAAGACUGGAAUAUGGACCGCGUCUCUACAAAAUCCCGAGCUAAUGCCUGGCCUUUACUUGGUGUCAUCCUCGGCCGCUGCUUCUUCCAGUGUUGUCCGUUGGCUCUGUGGCAGCUGGAAACAAUGGACACUCACACGUUGCCACGCUGCAUAUUGGCAUGAUGGAACUGUCAUACCUGGAGCUCCCACCCGAAGCAACGCGAAACAAGGAGCCAUUGCUUGCAAAUUCAGCAGAUGGGGGGCUCCUGUUGCUCUUUGUGCAAGGCUUUCAGAUGUUGCUGUGGAAGCACAACAGUGCGCUUGGCAGAGACACCAGCAGCUGGGUGCUUUCUGAACGGAUUGACUUGAGAAGUUCCUUGCCACUACGGGUGGUCAAGUUGGGGAUCAACGCAAAGAUCAGGUUGGAGAUGUUCCGUGGGAAGAGUGGCACGGCGGUGCUAUGGGUGUUUGGGGAAGGCCUCUUUCUGUUCAGCCUCAGUGAUAGAUCGAUGAGGAAGAUUGACAGUGAACGUUUGACCGAUAAGUACUACCUCUGCCCAUAUGAGAUUGAUUGGCUAUCCUGCCUUGCAAUCACGAACCUCGUUCUUGAUGGGUCAUUGUUGCUGGAUGUACAAAGGGAAAAGGCUCAAGAUAGAUGGAGGGCAUUGAUGGGAAAGAAUUUGGCGAUGAAGGGAGCAUCUUAAUUGGCAAGGAACGAUAACUAACUGUUCUGUUUGUGCCAAGCAGAUUCUCCUUUUAGUUUAACGCUCGUCCCUUUAAUAUGGUUAAUUGUGAGUAGAAGUUUGAUGCUUUAGCCUAAUGGCAUUUUCUGUCGAACUGUUUGGUUCGUGUGUCAUGUUAAAACCUAUAAGAUGUUUUUUUAGACAAACAAAAACCUACUGUAUAAGAUAAUUGUUGCUUAAUCUGAGCUUAAUCCAUUUUUCUCUUUGCUUC